UCAAUCUGACUAUGGAGCUCGAGAGAAACAGCAGUAGUUCUGUCGCAGACUUAAUCAUAUCUCCAAAUUGUCCGCCACUAGUGCUGCACGGCCUGAUAGAUCAUUGGAAUGCCAGACGAUGGAAUAUUGAACUUUUAUCCCAUCAAGUCAAGGGGAAACUAUCCUGUAAACUUUCUCCAAAGACACACCAGAAUCUCUGGGAAACACAGUGUAUCCAUGAGUUUAUUUCACUGGAAGAAUUUGCUGCAUGGGGAAAAUCAAAUGAAGAGAAAUCUAGUCCUUUAAAUAAAUAUAAACCAGAGGACUUUUCUUGUUAUAUAGACUACAAAUAUAUGAAAGAUAUUGCAUCAGAUAAAAUUCUUAAGGAUGUGGAUUGGGGAGUGUUUGGAUUUCCCGACAGGGAUGGAAAGGAAAGUACUAUCUGGAUUGGGUCAGAGGGUUGUUAUACAAACUGCCACUAUGACACGUAUGGUUUCAAUCUUGUAGCACAAAUUCAGGGGAGAAAGCAAUGGAUUUUGUUUCCACCCUGGGAAACUUCCUAUCUGUAUCCUACAAGAAUUCCCUAUGAAGAAUCGAGUGUUUUUAGUGAAGUUAAUGUUAAAAACCAAGAUCUUCAACAACAUCCACAAUUUCAGAAAGCCCGCCCAUACACAGUGAUACUGGAGCCCGGGCAAGUCCUGUAUGUUCCACGUCACUGGUGGCACUUUGUGGAGAGUCUAGAGGAUUCCAUUAGUGUUAAUACAUGGAUAGAAAUGACAGAAGACUUUGAGAGCAGGGUAUCGGAAGCCGUUACAAGGUGUCUUAUUUCUCCACUAUUAGGGGCCAGGGACGAACUGAGUGAUGAGGAAACAGAAAGUGAUUCUUGGAUAAAUCCAGGAGAGGAAAUUUUGUCCGCUGAUGCAAAUCUUCAACUCCUCCAAUUAGCCAUUUCCUUAAGAUGUCACAAAACAGAAGAACAGAAAAGUUCUCGAAAAAUGCUUUGUGAAGCUGUAAAAAAUCUUCCAAUUAGAGACCAAAAUAGAUUGAUGAAUAGGAAGAGGAAGCAUAGUCAUGAAGAUGUUGGAAAUGAGUAUAGAAAAGAACCAAAAGUUUUGAGCAUGGAAACAGGAGUGGUUAAUAAACAUGGUAAGAAAGAUAACUCCAGGGAAGAAGAUUCAGAGGAACAGUUCAAGAGUUCAAGAGACUUGCAAUGUAAAACUGACGUGGACGGUCCAUAUAUUGUAGUCGUACAAACUGAAGUGAAAGAUGAAAGUGACUGCAAUUUAGAGUCCGAUAAGAAAUCAUUUACUAGUGAUAAAAGGAAGGAAUGUGAACAGAGUCUGGAAAGUGAUAGCAGCAGUAAAGGAGACAAGAAUUCAGAGAAGACAGAUUCUAGAAGCACUCGAAAUAUUUGUCAAACAAGUUCUUUAUUAGAAGCGAGUGAGAAUAGAAGUGAAUUAUUAAGGAAGUUGGUCCGAAGUGUUACACAUCCAAAUGUUAUUCAGGAGAUAAUAAAGGAAUUACACCGUUAACCAGGAAACUUGUUGUAUCUAAUCAGCUUAUUAAUAUUUUACAUUUGCCUGGUGGUCAGUGAAAUACUUUCUGCAUAUAACUGUUCAAAUCUAUUGAACACAGCAAAUAUGCAUGUACAUAAUACCGCAAUCAGUUUUCAAAGUUAAGGAAUUUUUUAAACUUUAAAUCAUACAAAUAUUUCAAUACUUUUAUCAAAUACAUUAUUCAUGGUAAAUAUGUUUUCUCCUCUCAAUUAGUGCAAUACUGGAAAUUUGCUUUUAUCGUAGUCCAAGGGACAUGAAUGCUUAGGUCUUUUGCAUCACUCAGAUGACCUACUUCUAUCACUGACCAGUGACCAUCUGUCGUUGUCUCCUAUCCCCCUCAUUCUUGUCCAUUGACUUGAACAUUUCCAAGUUCUCUGAUAAAACUAGCAGGCUAACUUUGAG